AGUGGCCCCGGGCCCAGAGGGGGUGUCCUCCCGCCCGAGCGCCGGGGGCCGGGGCUCCGUCCCGGAGGAGGACCGCAGCGGGCAGGCUCCGCGGGCAGGCAGCCGAAGGAGCACCAGGCGCUGUGGGAGGACGGCUGAGAAGGAGAUUGUUGAAAGGGCGGGGGCGGGAAGGAGACUGGCUGGGAGACUAGCUCAGAAAUGGGGAGUUCGGGUAGAACAAGGGGGGCCCGGGACCCGCCGGAGGGAGGAGGGAGCAGGAAGGGAAGGAUAGGGCUGGGGGGGGGUGGUGGCUUGGGUUGUGGUGAAGAAGAGCCCGGCGUGAGGAAGUCCUUCCGAAGACUGGGUUCUGCUCCCCGCUCAUUCAGACAUCAUUCCGCCUUCCUCUCCUUCCUCCUCGUAGCAGACACCCCCCACCCCCCGCCCCACUCGGUUAUUGUUCAACGUUUGAUCAGCGACAAAGCUAGUUACUGUGUGAGACUUUGAUUUUUGCCCACUGCCUGUUCCGUGUGCACGUCAUCUUACAUGGACUUGGAUACAGCUGUUUCUAGCGCUUGGGCACACCUUGCAUCGGAUGAGCGGUACCUCCUUCGCCGCUGUGGGGUUGUUUCCACGCUGCGUGCACCCUCUCGCCUGUGAUUCCGCUUGGCUGGACUAUACCACUCUUAAGGCGAGCAUUCUUCGCUGGUCUGUUCACUGGUGUACAUAUCCUCAGCACCCAGCGUAUUGCUUGGCACUUGGUAGUUACACCGUACGUAUUUAUUGAACGGAUUAAGUGCAGUGUAGGUAUGGCCGUUGUCCUCAUUUUGUAAAUGGGUAAACUGAGGCCUAGAGGGACUCACUUGCCCGAAGGCUGCUAACUCGUAGAGGCUUGGUGUUGUCCAUGGUGAGCUCUUUUCUUCACUCUGGUAUCAGGAUGUGCUGCUUUUGAGCAGGACACACUCACACACUUAAUAUGUAGAGAUUGGUAGGUUAUACUUCUAUUUCGUGAUGGGUGAAGAGAGAACUGUUUCUGUAAUGUGUCACUGAGGCAUAAAAUCUUUUUCACUCCUAGUUUCAUGAUUUUAAUCUACUAGCUGCUUACGGUGAUACCAAAAUUAAAUACAACUGUUUAACAACGGAUCUUAAAGAGGAUAAACCUGCCAAGAAAGUAUAAGUUAGUCAGAUGAUCUUUUAGGAGAAAAGAUACCUUAAAACAUCUUGAAAGAUUGAUUCCUAGGUUAGACCUUGAUAGGUUGCACUGCUGGGAGGUUAGCUUGGAAAUCGAGGUCAGUGCAGUUACUGACUUCUAGGCCUUAUGGAGGAAGUCAGGGACAUAAAAUGUUCUCUAUGCUCAUGAGUUGUUUUUUAAAUAUAUGUUUUUUAAUUUUUAGAGAGAGAAGGAAGGGAGAGGGAGAUGGAAACAUCAGUGAUGAGAGAGAAUCACUGAUGAGCUGCGCCUCCUGCACGCCCCUACUGGGCAUUGAGCCUGCAACCAGGGCAUAUGCCCUGAUGGGGAAUGGAACCUGACCUGGCUCAUAGGUCGAUGCUCGACCACUGAGCCACCCCGGCCAGGCUCAUGAGUUUUGAGUUGAGAUUUAGGUAGGAGAUCAGAAUGGAAACAUGAAUAAUGUUUAAGAAUUAUACCAGCUUGCAUUAAGUAACAAGGAUUUGUUGUAGAGAGUCCUUUAUGAUAGUGUUUUCUCUACUAAGCUAAAUAGUAGGAGAAUAAAGGUGAAAAGAGCAAAAAGCUAGAACAUCCAAAUGAGGGUAUUCCUUUCUGAGUUGAGGGAUUUACUCUUAUCAAGUCAACUGACAGAGACCCUGUAGAACAAGCAUGUCAAACUCAAAGGCUAACAUGGGCCAAAUAAAGAAGGUUGAAGUUGAUGUGGGCCGCAAAAACACAAAAGCUUCAAUUUUCAUAGAAACAUAGGUUUAUUUCGAUAGAGACAUGCUGAAUACAAAAGGCUGAAAUAAAGGAGUAAUCAUUAACAUAAAAUAAUAGAACAUUUUAAUAAAAAUUAAUAUUUUUUCUUAAACAUUAACUUACCAGACACUGAAUAACUGCACAAAUUAAUAAGCGUAACACAAAUAAACCUAUUUUUCUUGUUCUCCGAAAGCAAAAUAUUUCCUGUUGCGCACACCAAACAAGUCAGUCCAAGACUAAUGAUGUGGCAGUUGGCUGUUCAAAUAUUCGCUGCUAGUAUUAAUGGAGAGAAGUGGUGCGCCUGCGCGUGAGGCGCGUAAAGGGAAUGAAUGCAACACGAUUAUAGUAAUCAGUCAUUAGCGAACAUUGUAGUUCGUUAUUAUGUAUAACAGGAUAUUGUAAAAAUUAAGUUAUAACAUUUUUAUUAAAAAGUUUCUUACAUACCGUUAUAUUGGCUGGGCUACAGAAAUAUUUGUUGUAGACCACAUAUGGCCUGCGAGUUUGACAUGCUUGCGCUAGGACAUGAGAGAAAAUUAUCUGGAUAUAGAAUUCUCACUGGGAUGAAUGUGAGUUCAAAGAAAUGUGACCAGCUCUUUGCCGCAUCUGCUGUGAGGAUGAAGACCAUUCUCAGCAGUCAGACUGUGGACAUCACUCUGAAGGGACAUACAGUUAUUGUGAAGGGCCCCAGAGGCACCCUGUGGAGGGAAUUCAAUCAAAUCAAUGUAGAGCUCAGUCUCCUUGGAAAGAAAAAGAAGAGGCUCUGGGUUGACAAGUGGUGGGGGACUAGAAAGGAAUUGGCCACAGUUCGCACUACCUGCCGUCAUGUACAGAACAUGGUCAAGGGUGUUACACUGGGCUUUCGUUACACUCACUUCCCCAUCAACGUCGUUAUUCAGGAGAAUGGUUCUCUUGUUGAAAUUAGAAAUUUCUUGGGUGAAAAAUACAUCCGUAGAGUUCGGAUGAGGUCAGGCAUUACUUGUUCAGUAUCUCAAGCCCCGACAGAUGAGUUGAUUCUUAAAGGAAAUGACAUUGAACUUGUAUCAGAUUCAGCUGCUUUGAUUCAGCAAGCCACAAUAGCUAAAAACAAGGAUAUCAGAAAAUUUUUGGAUGGUAUCUAUGUUUUUGAAAAAGGAACAGUUCAGCAGGCUGAUGAAUAAGAUCUAAGUUAUCCAGAUAAAGAAGCACCGAGAUGCCGAAUGAUUUGUCACAGUUGUUUGUGAAAUUAUAAAGAUGUACAAUAAAAAAAAAAAAAGAAA